ACUUCGGAUUCCAAACUAUUGCAGGAGUCGUGGCUGAGUAGGGUGAGGGGGAAGACGAAGGUGCUCCCACGGGGAGAAUUCAUGCCGGUCUACGUGGCGCUUGGAAUGAUCGUUGUAUCGACGUCGCUGGGGGCUUACACGGCGCAGGAGCAGCUGAGCCACUCUCCCUCGGUCCGCCUGAGCAAGAAGAGGAGGGAGACGGUGCCAGAGGUGGAGGAGCCGGAGCGGGUGGCCGGAGAGGCGGAACGAUAUAUCAAACGCUCUAUUUUUCGGAAGGUGGCGAAUAUGCAGGAUUUCGAUGCUGUGCGGGCGGGGAUUACGGAUCCGAUGAGGGGUGGUGGGGUUGGUCGCGUUGAGACGUUAAGGUCGGUGGGGGUGGAGCCUCGGCGGGAGGGAUGAAGGGAGGGAAGGAGG